GCGGCGGCGCUGGCGCUGGCGCAGCAGCGGUUCGGGCGGCUGGACCUGGUGGUGAACUGCGCCGGCAUCGGCGUCGCCCUCAAGACCUACAACGCCAAGCGGGACAAGGUGCACGAGCUCGAGGAGUUCCAGCGCGUCGUCAACGUCAACCUGGUGGGCACCUUCAACGUGACCCGCCUGGGCGCCCAGCUCCUGAGCCGCAACGCGCCCGACGCCGACGGCCACCGCGGCCUCGUGGUCAACACGGCCAGCGUGGCCGCCUUCGAGGGCCAGGUGGGCCAGGCCGCCUACGCCGCCUCCAAGGGCGGCAUCGCCGCCAUGACGCUGCCCGUCGCCCGCGACCUGGCGCCGCUCGGCAUCCGCGUGGUCACCAUCGCGCCAGGGCUCUUCGCCACGCCGCUGCUGGCCGGGCUGCCCGAGCGCGUGCGCGGCUUCCUGGGGCAGCAGGUGCCCUUCCCGCGCCGGCUGGGCCACCCGGGCGAGUUCGCCCACCUGGUGCUGGCGCUGGCCGAGAACCCCAUGGUCAACGGGGAGGUGGUGCGGCUGGACGGCGCGCUGCGCAUGCAGCCCUGAGCGCCACCACCCAGGGACGCGGGUGACACCCCGGAAUGGCCACCUUGGAGGGGACCCGGGUGCCACCACAGAGGGGACCUGGGUGCCACCCGCAGUGGGGACCUGGGUGCCACCUGCCAAGGGGACCCAGGUGCCACCCACAGAAGGGACCCGGGUGCCACCCUGGAGGGGACCCGGGUGCCACCCUGGAGGGGACCCGGGUGCCACCGCGACGUCCCCACCAAUAAACACUGAGCCUUCC